AUGAAACAAAAAAGGUAUGAUUCUCUGUAAGAUGAAGAUGAAUUCGCUGUUUUCUAAUAUCAUGACUUAAGUUCAAUUGCAAAAAAUUAAAAAAGCUCUUUGAAUGAUAGUAGAUUUUCUUAAUUUUAUUACAAAAAUGAUAAAGAUCAAAAUUAACAAUUACGCUAAUUAAAUACUUAUAAAAUUGAAAGAGCAGAUAGUUUGAAGAAUUUAAAAAGAUAAAAUUAAUUAUAUCAAAUAAGCUUAAAGUUUAAGAAAAUAAUUAAUGAAGAUUUCAUUUAAAAUCAAAAAGUAGUGAUAUUUAAAGAUAGAGAUAAUAAAGAAUGUACUUGUGUUAUUGGAAAUUAAGUAGAAUAUCCUAAGUUUAUAAAUAAUGAGGUCUAUAAUCUUUUUGGAGUGGAAUUAAAAGGAUCUUCAUCUAAGGAUAAUACUUUUUAGAUUACCAUACAAAAAGGUAAAAUAACUACAGAUCCAAUAGAAGAGUAAGGAUCAUAUCUCGAAUAGUUUUAAAAGGAACAAUAGAACAACUAACAAGAGUAAAAUUUUUAGAAUUUAAAUCAACCAAUCUAUCAAAUUUAGUAAAAUGAAUCACCUUCAUUAAAAUAAAAUUUGGAUAUAAAAACAUAUUUUAAUAUUUUAGUUUCAAUUGUUUAAUAAUUUGAAAAAAAUUAAGUCUGGAGCUCAAAAUGUUCAAAACAUUUUAAUUCUAUUAAAGUUGAAGUUAUGGAUUAAGAUGGAUAGCUAUCAUCCAUUACAUUAUGGAAUCAAUUUUUAGAACAUAAAUUUAAUCCUUACUAAAUAGUCUUUUUUUAGAAUUUAGAAUUAAAAUCCCUUUAAUCAGGAACAAAAUAUUUACAAACAAUAGAUGGUGUAUCUAAAAUUAUAACUGAGGAUGCAAAAUUGUAAUUAUUAUCAAAGUAUUGAUUGAUAAGAUAUUUAGUUAUGAUGAAGUUAAGCUUGCUGCAGACAAGAAGCAAGAAAAUGAGCAAUUUAGAAAAUUAAUAACAUAUUAAGAAAUACAAUAGCAGGAUCCCUUUUGA